UGGUGGCUCAAUAUCAUACGUUGAUAGUGAAUCAACUAUGGGUGGGAUCGGUAUCGACCUGAAUAUUACACCCGAUGUUGACAUGGUUGGUGGUGAAGAAGAAGGUGCUGGCGAAGAAGAAAGUGGUGGCGAUCAUUGGGAUGAAGAGGUCGAUAGUGACGGUGAUCCCGAUGUGGACGAUGUACCUGAUGAUAUUGACGAUGAAGAUGUCAACAACGAUGAAGGCAUUAACGCUUCUUCGGUCGGCGAGCAGAUGCGGCAUAUUUUGAUACACAAUAAUCCUGGGCCACACAUGUCGCUCAUAGACUCCGACGCAGCGUAUGUAGCUGAGUUUCCGGAGUACCCUGAAAUAGUUCAUUCUCACGGGCUGGCCGUAACAUCUGAUGAUGAUGAAUUAUUCAUAGGCCAGAGAUUCAGCUGUAAAGAAGAGUGCGUAUAUGCCAUUAAACGGUACAACAUGGAGAUAUCGGUGGAUUAUAAAGUCUUCGUGUCUACUCCGACGGUAUAUGUUGGGGAGUGUUGGAAGGCAGCGGAAGGCUGCAAUUGGCGGGUACGAGCUGCAUUCAUUAGAAGUUCUCAGAUGUGGGAGAUACGAAAAUUUGUUGGUCCUCAUACAUGCACAUCAACACGUAUGACAGAAGAUUAUGUAAAACUUGAUUCGAAAACUAUUUGUACGUGUAUCAUGCCAAUGGUGAAGGACAUGCCGACCAUUAAAGUUUCGGUACUCAUUACGAAAAUGCAAGCACGAUUCCAGUAUCGAGUUUCAUAUCAGAAGGCAUGGAUAGCUAAACAGAUGGCGAUGGAGCAACUGUAUGGGGAUUACGAUUCGUCGUAUAACGAGCUUCAAGGUUGGAUAGCUGUUAUGCGGGAGUACGUACCGGGGACUGUGAUUGAGUUACAAACAAGUCCAUAUUACGAUCCGGAUGACCAGUUACAGCCGGCAAAAAGGAUUUUCCAUCGGAUGUUCUGGACGUUCGAUCCAUGUGUGCGGGCAUUUCCCUACUGCAAGCCACUUGUGCAGAUAGAUAGGACCUGGCUGUAUGGAAAAUAUACACAGAUCCUACUUCUUGCAAUUGCUCAAGACGGUAACAGAAACGUGCUCCCGAUAGCAUUUGCUAUCGUAGAUAAAGAGAACACGGAGUCUUGGGAAUUCUUCCUCACAAAUCUGCGGAGGUAUGUUAUUAGGAACGAUAACAUUUGCAUCAUCUCCGAUAGAGGGAAGGGUUUAAUUGCAGCUAUUAGGCGUUCCAAUGUGCUGUGGAGAUCCGUUUACUGCAUUCGUCACAUUGGGUCUAACUUCCAUAAAAAUUAUAAGAAUGCAGACUGGAAGAGACAAGUCAUGGCAAUGGCGUACGAGUUAGAGCCACAUAUUUUCCGGCAAAGAAUGAUCCGACUUGAGAGUGACAUGGAGGGGCAGACAAACACAUCUUUCCGACAAUGGUUGCGCACAAUAGAGCCGUGGCAGUGGGCUCAAAGUUUUGACGAGGGCUUUCAUUAUGGCCACAUGACCACAAACUUAGUCGAGGGGAUCAACGCUGUCUUGUUGAAAACACGUCAUCUUCCGAUUGCAUCGGUAUUUUCUGCUACUUUCUACAGGCUGGCUACUUUGAUGCCAAGAAUGGGUCAGCAGCAAGUCGACCAGAUUCAGGCGGGACAUAUGUUUGUCGAACAUGAGUAAUAACAUUGUAACGAGUUAGACCGAUAACAUGUGAGUAAGAUAUAGAAAUAGAAUAGAUGUCAAGAAUAUUAGAAUAGCAGCUUACCCCUUCUCGGGCAUGCUGUUCAGUCCUGAGGCGGUAUAUCGGGACAUCACACGACUUCCCGAUGCCUGGACGGGUCGUCCACCUACAAAAAAUAGUAUAGGGUUUAGGGUUGGUAACAUUACUCAAUAUAUUAUGACUACAAAUAAUGACAAUUUAUAUUUUAUCA